AUGAGUUAUUUAUCCCAAUCCAGUCGAAUAACUUUCUUAUUAAUUUAACUUAAAUCCAAAGCCUUAAUUACACCUGACUAAUACUCUAGACUUUGUGAUUACGCUGCCAAUGAUAACCCACAAUUAAAACAAUUAAUUAAUUCAUAUGAAAAUGGUUUAUCAUAGAGUGACCUUAUUGAUCAACUUUCCAAAAUGCUUAUUACUUAAAAUGGUAAUGAAAAUAUCAUUAAAUCCUAUUUGUAAGUUUAUUCACUUAUCUAUUAGUGAUUCUAUUAUCAUUAUUUCCAAAUAACUCAAAAGCAAAAUUAAAGAGUUUUAUCGUGAAAUUAAGGUAAAUCGAAUUUAAUUUUUAUCUUAGCAAGAUAUCAAUCAUAUUUAUAAAGAAUGUUUUCUAGCUCAAUAACAGGAAGUUAAGAAUCUCAUUAGAUUGAUUCUUAAGCAAUUUUAUAUUCAAGAAUUUAGCUUAGUACAUUUUAACGAAAAUCAAUAUCAUUUUCUUACAAAUAGUUUUGAAUCAAUUAUAAUUUAAAAUGCUUAAGAUAUUCAAUAAUUCACUUAAUCAUAAUCCUCUCAAUAAUUCAUAAAGACUUCAUCAGAAUUUUUUAGUUUAUUGAAAAUUGAAAAAUUACCAUAAUAUUUUGUCAUAUCAAAUAAAGAUGUAUUUUUUUUCACAUUUGCUGAUAAAAUGAAUAGCAAAUUUAAACAAUAUUUUAUGAUUACUUAACUCUAUAAACAUAUCAUUUCUAUUUUGAAAUAAGGAUGCUAAAUAUUAAUAUUAAAAAAACUCUAGGCUAUCAGAAUGGAAAUAUUGCAAAUAGUUUCAUAAACAAUAUAUCUUUAAACUUACAAACUAGUAUUUCAUAUUUUGAUUUAAAUAAUGAAAUAAUUUAAUUUGCCAAAUUUUAUUAGUCAAAAUGAUAAUGAAUAAUUUUAAAAAUAAGAAUUGACUAAUUAUUUAAUGUUAAUUUUCAAAAGUGAAUGGAAUUUUGUUAGUAUAGAUUUAGAUGGGAAUCUUUCAGACUAAUUAAAAGAAAAGAUAAAGAGCACAUUUAAGAAAAGUAUAAAAAGAUAUAGUAAAAAAUUGAAAUAGAAAAAGAAUUUGCUUGAAUCUUUCUAAUAAGUAACUUAACAUAAUGAAAUGAUUAUGUGUUUAUUCUUUAACAAUUUCUUAUAGUUGUAUUAUAUAACUGUUCAAUGGAAUCACGAUUAAUUUGUGUAAAGUAUUUAACUAAAUUUAGAUCUCGAUUUAAAUUAUCUAAAGAAAUAAAUUAUGGGGAUGCAAUUUACAAAAUAUUUGAGAAAAAUUAAAUAAUAAUUUUAAAAGUAAAAGAAUUAAUUGAAUCUAAAAAUGAUCAUUUGGAGUUUAAUGAUGGAUUUUAUAAAUUUUCAAUGAAAGUUGAGAGAAGUAUAAAAUAAGAAAUAAAGUAAAUUUCAGUUUAUUUAUUUAAUAUGUAAUUGAAAAGGUAUCUUAUUUAUAAUUUAUAAGACCACUUAAUGAAUUAUUAUAAAUAUUUCGAAGAAAGGUGAAAAUAUUAUUAACACUUAAGAGGGCAACAAUGGCAUUUAAAUAAAAGCAACUUAUAAUGGAAAAUUAGUUUUUUUAAUAAUCAGCUUUGGUAAUGUAUUUACCAGAUAAUGAUAUGAGAAGAUUAACUCGUGUUUAUAAUAAUAAUGAUUAAUUAUUGGAGAAAUAUAGAGCUUAUAUAAUGAAGAAGAAAUAAAAGAAACUAGAAUAGAUUUUAGCUAAAUAUUAGGAAAAGGAUAAGAAAAAUCCAGAAGGACGUUAAAUUUCAAUAGAUCCUAAUUUAUAAUAAAAAUUAUUGGAUUAUGAAUUCAAUUUAUUAAAUAAGAAAUAAUUUAAGAAUAAGUUUACAAUAGUGUAUAAUAUAUUUGAUAUGUGUGAAUAUGGUAAAUAAUAUCCCAUAAAGAAUAAGGAGUUUAUAAAUUUUUUGACAGCUUUAAAAUACAAAUAUAAUAAAACAUCAAAUCCAUUUCAUAAUUUUACUCAUGGAGUGAAUGUAAUGCAUGGAUGUUUUCUUUUUGCUCAUCAUUAAAAAUUUGGAUUAUAUUUUAAUGAUUUAUAAAGAUAUGCAAUGACAUUAGGAGGAUUAUGUCAUGAUGUAGGACAUCCUGGAAUGAAUAAUUUAUUUUAGAUAAAUGCUUAAACUAAAUUAACUUUGAUAUAUAAUGAUAAAUCAGUAUUAGAGAAUCAUCAUAUAGCAGUAACUUAUUAAUUAUUGGCUCUAAAAUAAUGUGAUUUUUUAGUUGCUUUGCCUAGAGCAGAUAAAUUAAUGAUUAGAAAAUAUAUUGUUAAUAAUGUUUUAGCCACUGAUAAUUAAUAUCAUUUUAAAUUAUCAAAUGAUAUUGAAAUAAGAUUUGCUUAGUCUUAAGGGGAUCCUAAAAUAUUUUGUAUAUAGAAUUUAUAUAUAUUAGAAUCUGAAGAAAAUAAAAUUUUAUUAAGUGGAUACUUAACUCAUGCAGCCGACUUCUUUGGAGCAGCUAAAUCUUAUUAAAUUUCAAGAUAAUGGAGUGAAAAAUUAAGAAGAGAAUUUUAAGCCUAAGUAAAUUUGAUCUAAUAUAAUUUUAAAGUCUUAAUUAGAAGAUAUUGUAGGUAUCGCUUAGACUCCAUAUCUCAGAAAUCUUGAUGAUGAUGUUUAAUAUGCCAAAAAUGAAGUUGGAUUCUUAAAAGUAAUUGUUAAACCAAUUUAUGAAUCUUUAAAUCAAUUCUCUGAUGGAGCAAUUUCAUUAUAAUUGGCAAAUAUCAAUCUUAGUAUCAAAAAAUAUUAAGAGAUAGUUGAUUCAUAAUAAUCAUGA